UUCUCCUCCAGAUUCCAUGAUGAUGAGCAAUUAUGGAGGCCAACGACUACUAGUGGUCGACUGUUGCUAUUGCCAGACCCAAAUCCAGCUGCCUUCUGUGAGUCCGAUAUACAUCGUUGGCACAUCCGUCCGCUGCGGCCGCUGCUAUGCCAGUACCCGCGUCGCCUCUCCGGGCUUCCCCCGCUCCCCCCAUAGUGCCGUACCCUACUAUGCCCUUAUAAACGUCCCACCACCACAUGCCUGCUUCCCCCAUACAUCACCAGGACCUCCGCCGAACGUGCAUGGGCGGAAGAAGGCGGUGAUCUGCGGGAUAUCGUAUAGAAACUCGAGGGAUGAGCUCAAUUGUUGCAUCAAUGACGCCAAAUGCAUGCGGUAUCUCCUCAUCACCAAGUUCAAGUUUCCAGAAGAUUCCAUUCUCAUGCUCACUGAAGAAGAAACUCACCCACAUAAGAUUCCAUAUAAAAACAACAUUAGAAGGGCAUUAUGUUGGCUUGUACAAGGAUGUCAACCGGGUGACUCCCUUCUGUUUUACUUCUCUGGUCAUGGUUCACGGCAGAGGAAUUAUCAUGGUGAUGAAGUUGAUGGAUAUGAUGAAACCCUUUGCCCCCUUGACUUCGAAACCCAGGGUAUGAUUGUUGAUGAUGAGAUAAAUGCAGCAAUUGUUAGGCCCAUUCCACAUGGGGUCAAGCUUCAUGCAAUUAUAGAUUCUUGUCAUAGUGGCACCAUACUGGAUUUGCCAUGCCUUUGCAGAAUGGACAGGUUAGUGGCCGGGUGUAAUAAGAAGUUAUGCAUUUCUUGCUUCGCUUUCUAUGUCUACCUACUUGAAUAG